GCCAGCAAUCACAGAGGGACAGAAAGUUCAGGCUUGGAAGCUAGUUAGUGCUUUACACUUCAGCGUGAGUUGUGUUUUUGACAGAUCCAUCCUGUUCACAACUAGGUUGCACAGUCAGAGCAUAACUUCAUUGAGUUUCUGCGUCUGCGAGACUAACGGGGAAUUUGGGAACUCUAGUCAACAGUGGCAACAGGUCCCACCUCAACUCCAUUGCUCUCUGCGCGGCGUGUGAAACAACGAAAGACUGAUGAGUCUAUGAGAGAGCUUUGUUGUCUCGACUGCAGUCAUGAAGAUCGAGUUUGCGCCGCUGAACGUGCCGUUUCACAGACGCCUUCAAACGGCCGCUGUGGUUCAGUGGGUCUUCUCCUUCCUUGCGCUGGCUCAAUGUUGCCUGGCAGCAUACGUCCUCCUGUGUCUCAGUGAUUGGUGGGUCCUCGGCGCACUCUAUGCCGGUUGGCUGUACCUUGACAGGGACACACCCAGCACAGGGGGUCGGAAAUCACACUGGGUCCGGAGCUGGACGAUGUGGCACUACUUUAGAGACUACUUCCCUAUUACAUUGGUGAAAACAGCUGAUCUGGACCCCAGUCAUAACUACAUCUUUGGGUUCCAUCCACAUGGGGUUCUUGUUGCCGGGGGAUUCGGGAACUUCUGCACAGAAGCUUCCGGCUUUUCAACUCUUUUCCCGGGACUCACGCCAUACCUGCUCAUGCUGCCGUUUUGGUUCCGAGUGCCAUUCUUCAGGGACUACAUCAUGUCUGGAGGACUGGUAUCCAGUGAGAAGGCCAGUGCCAGCUACAUCAUCAGUCGGCCCGAGGGCGGACACGUUGCCGUGGUUGCAGUGGGCGGGGCGCCAGAGUCGCUUGAUGCCCGACCGGGAGAGCUGACCCUUCAGCUGCUGCAGCGCAAGGGCUUCAUCAAGCUCGCUCUGAAACAUGGGGCAUGGCUGGUUCCAGUGUUCUCCUUUGGUGAGAAUGAGCUCUUUGACCAGAUGGAGAACCCUAGAGGGUCCGCUCUCCGGCGCAUGCAGGACCGUCUCCAAAGGAUAAUGGGUGUGGCCUUGCCCCUCUUCCAUGCCCGAGGUGUCUUCCAGUACAGCUUUGGCGUGCUGCCCUAUAGAAAGCCCAUAAACACUGUUGUGGGCCGGCCCAUUCCAGUUGUGCAGACUCCAUCUCCUAGUAAAGAAGACAUAGAAAACCUCCAUAAGCUCUACAUUGAGGGUCUCACCCAGGUGUUUGAGGAGAAUAAAACAAAUUAUGGCAUCGCUGAAGACAAGCAUCUCAAGUUCAUCUGACACCUCUGUUACAACCUCAUUCUGUCUGUCUGUCCUUCUACUUGUCUGUCUGCCAAACUGUCUGCCUGCCUGUGUGUCACUGACAGCCAUUCUGUCUGGAAUUCUGUUGAUUAUUCUAAAGGGCAAGCACCUUAUGUACACACACAGAUCUGCCGUGUGUGUGUGUGCGUGCGUGCGUGUGUGUGUGUUUGUGUUAAUGAGAGAGUGACGUGACAAAGAAUGUGAUUCAAAUGGUUCAUUUGCAAUAAUUCUGUGUGUGUGUGUGUGUGUCUGUGUGUUUUGUAUGUUACCAUUGUGUAGGAAAGCACAUUCACUCUCAAAACUCUCAAAUAGUCAUAUGAAUGAAUAUAGGGAAUUAUCUAUUUGUCAAACAUAAUGCUGAACUCAAGGCUCAGAGUCUAUUUAUCGGAAAUGAGGUGAGGAAGUUUACAUGCAUUGUAUCCAUGUUGCCUGAAAAUGCUAAUUAUAUUAACUACACAAAACCUGUCUAUUGACAUUUCCUCCAGACCAUGUCUACAACUGCCUCUUUGUAUAGAGUAUAUAUACUUAUACUUGUGGGUUUGUGUGUUUGUGUGUGCGCACGCACACACAAAAAAUACUCAGAGAUAUGGGACACUGGUAAACCCAGGCGUUCAGGUUCGUUUUCUAGCUUGACAAGCCAUUAAGUGCAAUAGUUCUUAGUUGGAGGUUAAAACUGCUCAUUUGUGUCAUAGUUCUAUGAUAAACAUACAAACAAUAAAAUUGUGACUGAUUUUGAUUUUA